AUGUCGAAGCCUUUUACGAAAGGAUCUCUGUGUGAAGUUAAAGCAGCAGCAGAGUUGUUUCCAUACGAGUUUCAAGUAUAUCAAGAUGGUCGUCUCAUAGCUACGUUUGGCGAAGCAUUAAAUGGAAUUAAAAGACUCAGUUUUAAUGGAGACUAUAACGAUGGUCAUUAUGAAGUUUUAGUUCCAUUAUUUCAACCCAUAAACAUCGAUGAUGCUCAAAUACCAAACAAUAUUAAUGACAAUCAUGAAUCGACAAACGAGAACAUUCCAAAUUCGCCUCUUGCUCAAUUAGCUUCUAAUACUUUUCUAUUGAGUUGUGAUGAAUCUAUUUCAGAAAAUAAAACAGUUAUACAAUCAAAGCGCGGAACAAAACGAAGAAAAAAAUUUUCCGGCACGAUAAGAACUAAACAACUGAGAGAAGCUGCUUCAAAAUAUGCGGAAAAUCAUAGAGAAGUUAAUAGAGAGUCGGUUAAAAGAUACGCCAAAAGUCAUCCUAAAGUUAAACCUAAAUUAUUGCCUUGGAAUUCUAAACAUUUAUCCGGUUUUAAGUACAAUAGUAAAAUAAAUUAUUCUAAUGACAAAAUUGUCAAUUUCGGUCCACAUUUUCCUUGCCCUUGGUGUCGUGUCCUGAAAUGGAAGGAUGAGACUCAAGGGAUGUGCUGCAGUAGUGGUAAAGUCCAACUUUCAGAAAUUAGCCCCAAUCCUGAACCUUUACACAGUUUAUUGACUCAUCAGGAUCCGCUGUCGGAUCAUUUUCUAAUGAAUGCCCGUAAGUAUAAUGGGUGUUUCCAAAUGACAUCUUUUGGGGCCAAAGAGGUAAGAGAAGGAAAUUUUCUGCCAACUUUCAAAGUUCAAGGACAGGUUUAUCAUAGAAUAGGCAGCUUGAUACCUGACCCUAACCAGAAGCCUUUUUUUCUUCAAAUAUACUUCGUUAGUGAUGAAAAUCAUGAAAAAACCAUUCGUUGUGGUAUUUACCCUGGCGUUUAUCCCGAAUUAGUUCAUCAACUGCAGGUAUUGCUCCAUGAGCAUAACAAAUAUAUUCGGGAUUUUAAGGCAGCAGUAGAUUCAAUUCCUAAGAAUCAAAAAGACUUCAAAAUUAUCAUUAAUGCUGAUAGAAAACCGGCUAAAGAACAUAAAGGUCGUUAUAAUGCUCCUCAGGCAAAAGAAGUUGCAGUUCUUAUUGUUGGACAACAUUUUGAAAAAAGAGAUAUUGUUCUCCAAAGUAGAAACAAUACAUUGAUGCGAAUCAGUGAAACACAACGAUCAUAUGAUGCUUUACAAUAUCCUUUGAUGUUCUGUUAUGGAGAAGAUGGCUAUCACAUUAAUAUAUCUAAACGUGACGUGACGAAUAAAUUACCUCUUAAUAAAACAGUAUCUGCUUCAGAAUUUUACAGCUUUCGAAUUAUGGAACGUGAGGGUGAAUUGACAUGUAUGCAAAAAUUGAAACAAAGGCUUUACUGGAUCCGUAACAACCAAAAAACAUUGAGAAGUGAGGAAUACGUUCACUUAAAAGACGCUUUAUCGAACAAUGAUAAUGAAUUAUCAACGGUAGGCAAAAUGGUUAUGUUACCUUCUUCUCUCACUGGAGGACCCCGUUAUAUGCAUGAGCGAACUCAGGAUGCAAUGACAUAUGUGCGUCAUUAUGGACGGCCAGAUUUAUUUAUCACAUUCACCUGUAAUCCUAAGUGGCCGGAAAUAACAGAGCUUUUGAGUAAAGCUCAACAUUCUCAUGACAGACAUGACAUCAUAGCGAGGGUUUUUAAAGUGAAAGUAAAACAUAUGAUGAAACUUCUUACUGUAGGUCGUAUUUUUGGUGACACAAGAUGUUACAUGUACACAAUAGAAUGGCAAAAACGUGGACUUCCUCAUGUUCAUAUUCUAUUGUGGUUAGAAGAGAAAAUACGACCAGAGUCUAUUGAUCAAAUUAUCUGCGCUGAAUUAUCUGAUCCAAAUAAAGAUCCAGAUCUUUAUCAAGUUAUUAAGACAACCAUGGUUCACGGUCCAUGUGGAUCUUUCAAUUCAAAGUCACCCUGUAUGGUUGAUGGUAAGUGUGCAAAAAAAUACCCAAAGGUAUUUUUGAAAGAAACAGAGACAGGAGAAGAUGGAUAUCCCAAGUAUCGUAGGCGAUCUCCAGCAGACGGUGAAAGAACGUUCAAACUCAACGGAGUUGAAAUCAAUAACCGAUGGAUAGUACCGUACAAUCCCGUUCUGUCCCAUACAUUCGGAACUCAUAUUAAUAUCGAGAUUUGUAACUCUGUAAAAUCUAUAAAAUACAUCUGUAAGUAUGUAAAUAAGGGAUCUGACCAAGCAGAAUUCACCGUUGAGGAUUUUGAUGAGGUGAAGAAGUAUCAGGCAGGACGUUACAUCAGUAGCUGUGAAUUAGUAUGGCGAAUAUUUCGUUUUCCUAUUCAUGACAGGUUUCCUCCGGUGAUGCAUUUUAUUGUACAUCUUGAAAACGGCCAAAGGAUUUAUUUCACAGAGAAAGAUGUGGUUGAUAAAUUCCAGCUUAUUACGUAUAGAAAAAUAACCACUGAAAGAAGGAAAAAAGGUAAAGAUGUUCCAGGUUAUUUAGGAAUUAAAAAAGAUCACGUUUUAGGUAGAGUUUAUACCGUGCAUCCCGGAAAUACUGAAUGUUAUCAUCUGCGUCUUCUCUUACAUGAGAUUCGAGGUCCGACAUCAUUUUCUGCUUUAAAAACUGUUGAUGGAGUAAUUCAUCCAACAUUUCAAGCAGCAUGUAGAACACUUGGUCUCCUUGAAGAUGAUGCUAAUUGGGAUCACACUUUGAAAGAAGCUUACAUAUCUGAUUCUCCAUAUAAGAUCCGUGAGUUGUUUGCCAUUAUAUUAUUCGGUCUCAACUCUCCAUCACGAAAUGAAGGAUAUAUUAUCACCAAUCGUCAAUAUCUAAGUGAAUUGGCUUAUGAUACCACCUAUUUAGCUACAGUUGUAGCAGAAAAUGUUCCUAAAUUAAAUGUAGAACAGAAACAAGUCUACAGUGAAAUUUUAAAUUCGAUUGCUUCUGAUUCUGGGCAGUUAUAUUUUCUAGAUGCUCCAGGUGGCACUGGAAAAACGCUUUUAAUUAAUUUGCUGCUCGCAAAAAUAAGGAGGGAGAAAAAUAUCGCUGUGGCCGUUGAUUCUUCAGGAUUUGCUGCGAUUUUAAUAGAUCGAGGUAAAACAGCUCACUCGGCAUUCAAAUUACCGCUUAAUUUAUGUUGUUCUGAGUAUCCGCUUUGUAACAUCUCUAAACAGAGUGAUAUGGCUCAUGUGUUGCGAGAAGCGAAAAUUAUUAUCUGGGACGAGUGCACUAUGGCUCACAAAAAAGGUAUUGAAGCUUUAAACAGAACGCUCAAAGACAUUAGAAGUUGCGACCGAACAAUGGGUGGAGUAAUUGUUCUCUUGGCUGGUGACUUCAGACAAACUUUACCUGUUGUACCGCGAGGAACACGGGCAGAUGAAGUUAAAGCCUGUAUUAAGUCAUCAAUUUUAUGGCCUUCGGUCAAAGUUCUGUCUUUAACUAUAAAUAUGCGUGCCCAUCUUCAGUCAAACUUAAAAGCAGAGGAGUUUUCGAAAAUAUUGAUUGAUAUAGGAAAUGGCAGUAUUACGGAAGAAAAUGGAAGAAUAAAGUUGUCCUGUAUCGAUUGUGAAAUUGUCCCAGACUUAAUAACCUUAACUAACAAAGUAUACCCAAAUAUUGAUAAAGCUGGUAACAAUUGCAGUUCAUGGUUAAAAGAAAGAACUAUUCUUACGCCAACAAAUGAACAAGCCAAUUAUAUUAACAAUUUUUUGUUGGAAAAAAUAUCAACUGAGCAAACAGAGUAUGAAUCGGUGGAUACAGUAACAGAAGACGACGAUGCUGUACAGUACCCUGUCGAGUUCCUUCAUACUCUUAAUCCACCAGGAAUACCUCCUCAUAUUCUUCAUAUUAAGAGUGGCGCUCCAAUAAUGUUGCUACGUAAUUUAAAUCCUCCAAAAUUAUGCAAUGGAACUAGGCUUCAGGUUCAAAUCUUACAUAAAAAUGUUAUUGAGGCCAUGAUUAUCACAGGAAAAAAUGAAGGAGAAACCGUCUUCAUUCCUAGAAUUCCUCUAAUUCCAUCAGAUUACCACUUUGCAUUUAAACGUCUGCAAUUUCCAAUGAAAGCUUGUUAUACCAUGACAAUUAAUAAGGCACAAGGGCAGAGUUUAAAGAUAGCUGGUAUUGAUUUAAGGAAUGAUUGUUUUUCUCAUGGUCAACUUUAUGUGGCAUUCUCAAGAAAGGACAAAAAACAAGAAAUAUAG